AUAAAACAUGGGAUCUAACACUUUCUUUGACAUUACUAUUGACGGCAAGCCUGCUGGACGUAUCGUCUUCAGGCUCUUUGAUGACGUUGUCCCCAAGACAACUAGAAAUUUCCGUGAACUCUGUACUGGUCAAAAUGGUUUUGGAUACAAAGGAAGUUCAUUCCAUCGUAUCAUUCCUCAAUUUAUGCUUCAAGGUGGUGACUUCACCAAAGGAAACGGCACUGGUGGAAAAUCCAUCUAUGGUGAGAAAUUUGAAGAUGAAAACUUCAAAUUGAAGCAUGACCGACCUGGAUUGUUGUCUAUGGCUAACGCUGGCAAGAACACAAACGGUUCUCAAUUCUUUAUUACGACUGUUGUUACCAGCUGGUUGGAUGGAGCACAUGUCGUAUUUGGAGAAGUUGUUGAAGGAAUGGAUCUUGUAAAGAAGAUUGAAGCUUUGGGUUCAGCAAGUGGUACACCUAAAGCCAAAGUUACCAUCGAAAAUUGUGGUGAAUUGUAAAUAUGCUACGCUACAAUAACGAAUAAAGAUAUAUUUCUUUGUGAUUGAAAAAUCUAUGUCGCGUUUAUGCAAUCGUAUGCAUAAUUUUCGAUAAAGAUGUAACUGUAUAUCGAGCCAUGAGCAUAGUUCAUUCAAAUACAUACAUGAGAAACCCCCAUUUUGUCGUGACUAGUCCGCCAUCCUAUUUUUGUGUACGCUCAAGUAAGACAAGGGCUUAUCUGUGUUCAAGUACGAAAAAAGUCUAGCGAUCUCAAUGCCAGGUCCUCAAAGUUCUCGUUCGUAAUACAUGUAUAAAAGGUCAUGAUGCUCAUAUUUGUCAUCGAUUUGUCAUCGUAAAGUACAUAACGAAAUAAAUACACACAU